AGCGUUUGUCAUUUUCCUGAGUUCUUAUCUGGCGUGUGUGCACAGUUGGUGUGUGGGCUCGACCGCCUCCACACUCGCUGGAAGAAUCGUUUUAUUAAAAAAAAAUAAUAAUAAUAACAGCUGGCGUGCUUCACUCGUUGCCAGCCAUGGACUCAAUUAUUAAAGGAAAAGCUACAGGGUCAAUCAAAAACUCUUGUGUUGAAAAAAACGUUUUGGACCAGGAACACACAGAAAAUUGAGUUGAGGGGCUCGCUUGAUAUUGUGUGGGCUGAGUUACCGGGAAUAAGCAGUCAUCCAAAUAUGGCCAAGAGGAAGAAGAAACAAAGUUGCGUUCUACAUGACGUCAUGGCUGCGUGCGUAAUAAGGGUCGGAAGCGACGGAAGCGGGCAUGUGGACUUUUACGCACAGCGCUCUGAUAGCGGAGUGGUGAGGAAGGAGGCGGACUUUUACGCACAGCUCCGAUGAAAUGAGCACUUGAACGCCAAGCUUCGACGGAAAAGGACUUUGCUGGAAUGUUUCCGAAGGGACUUUAAGGCACGGCUUUGAUUUGGUGGCAAGGAGGUGCCACUCGUGAAGAAAUGGACUUUUGCGCACAGGUUUUUGGUCAAAUAACAAUUUUGAGGAGAUCGAAAUUUACGCACAGCUCUUGGCUUUGGGGGCUUGGAGGAGGACUCUAGCGCGCACAUCCAGUUCCUGCUCUUAUGCGUGCGCGCGCCAGCACACCAUCCCGGCGCUCGCGAAGGAUGCACGCUGCGUGGAGAGCCCGCUGAUCACCUCCAUCGCUCUUAAAGAAAGAGAGAAAAAAAAUCACUCACCCAAGGCCAAAUGGAGAACUCGACCAAUGAGACUCUGGGCGUGUGGACGGACUCGAGCGUGGCGUACAAAGCCAUCAGCACGGCGCUGCUGUUGCUGAUCUGCUCGGCUGGUGUGGUGGGCAACGUGAUGGUGGUGCUGGUGGUGCUGACCACCAAGCAUAUGCGCACGCCCACCAACUGCUACCUGGUGAGCCUGGCCGCCGCCGACCUUAUGGUGCUGACGGUGGCUGGCGUGCCCACGGCGGUGGAGGGCGCAGUGGGUUCUUGGGUGUUGGGCCGCUGGGGGUGCUUGUGCAUCACCUACCUGCAGUACCUGGGCAUCAACGCCUCGUCUUGCUCCAUCGCCGCCUUCACUGUGGAGAGGUACAUCGCCAUCUGCCAUCCCAUCAAGGCGCAGUUCCUGUGCACGCUGUCCCGCGCCAAGAAAAUCAUCCUCCUGGUUUGGACACUGACGUCAGCCUACUGCGUCAUGUGGUUCUACCUGGCCGACCUGCAGGUGCUGGUUUACGACAACGCCAAGGUGAUGGCGUGCGGCUACCGGGUACCCCGGAAGCUCUACCUGCCCGUCUACUUCCUGGACUUCGGGGUGUUUUUCGUGGUGCCGCUGUUGCUGAGCGCCGUGCUGUACGGGCUGAUCGGACGCAUCCUCUUCAUCAACCCUCUUCCCUCUAACCCCAAAGAGCGGCAGCGGCUGCAGCGGCACGACAACAAUCAUCGUGACGAGGCUAAGAGGAGCUGCAGGAACUCGAGGCACUCCAGCUCCACCGCCGCCUCUCGGAGACAGGUGACCAAGAUGCUGGCGGUGGUGGUGAUCCUAUUCGCCGCGCUCUGGAUGCCGUAUCGCACCCUGGUGGUGGUCAACUCCUUCCUGGAGCGUCCGUACCUGGACAGCUGGUUCCUGCUCUUCUGCCGGUUAUGCGUGUAUCUGAACAGCGCCAUCAACCCGCUCAUCUAUAACGCCAUGUCACAGAAAUUCCGCGCCGCCUUCCUCAAGAUCUGCCGCUGCGGGGCCUCCGCCAAGCCGGCCGGCGCUUAUGGCGUGGCGCUGAGCUACAGCGCCGUCAAGGACUCGUCGGUUGCCGAGAGCGUCGAGCGCUUCGCCACUGAUGUGGAGGAGGUGACUGUCACGGAUGGGUUGCUGGCAGAGCACAAAGCCGUCUUUGCCGCAUCCUCCUCGUCUCCCUCUUUGGGGAAAGCCGACUUUGAGACGGCCUCUUGAGCUUCUCCACGGACCCGACCUGUAACGAGCCAAGGCACAUAUUUUACAUCCCAAAAAGGGUCAAAUUGAAUUUGCUAGCUAUUAUCAUGAUACAGUCGAUGUAACCUAGCUUCUGUAACAGCAACAGAAUGUGUUGAAUGUAAAUUUGUUGUGAUUGUGCCUUUUUCCUGAUUGGCUAAAAGAACUUACCCAACUAACUUGUUGCUCCGGGAAACACCUCUUCACCCGGACAUUUCCGUUUUCACCCUCACAGGCGUUGAGGCAGACUCAAGAAAGCCAUUCACCGUCUCCUAGCAACCACCUCCCUGAUUGACGAGAUGCUAAUGAAGGCAGCCUGUAAUUGAAGCAGUCACGCAUGUCGAAAAAAAAACAACAACGCUGUUUCAUGUUUACGUAUGAGCAUCGGGUGGCAACUUGUUUUUUUUAAAAUGUAUUUUCCUGAGCUGAGAAAAGCGUCUUGUUCAGCUGUCGUUAUUUCUAAUGAAACCGUUCGAUGUAAUUGGCCGUUGCUAGCAGCGGGAGACGCUACGGAGGAUGUUGUGUUGCGGCCGAUGAAGACUGCUUUAUCGCCCGUGUGUGUGUGUGUUGGUGCAAGAUUGUUUUAAUGUGUGUGACUUGUGUAAAAAAAAAAAAAAAGUAUUUUUCUAUGGAUUACUGGCCAUCACAGAUACAUGGAUGUGGUUAAAUCGUGCUGCCGUUGUUGUUGGGACGUGGAGCUGUUUUGUGUUGCUAAU